AUGGAAAUGACCCUCUUUCAAACUGACAGCCCUGCAAGUCACGGCGCGGCAAUCAACCCGGCGGCAUCUCUGGCCCGCCCUUCGCCAAAUCCCGCCUUCCACGACAGUGACGAUACUAGGCGCUCAACUGCCACGCAUAGUAGAGCAACAAAUGCUGCUCCUGAGGAGGAGGAGGAUGAGAACAGGUCUCGACUCCUGCAACCAGACAAAGGCCCCGACAACCUCCAGUUUAGGCCCAUGGUUCUCCGCCUGUGGUUCUUGAUUUGCACGUUAUGUUUCAAUGGCCUAGUCAUUGGCUUGUUGAUUAUAAUAUACUUCAAGGAGUCGUUUCAUCUCGAAAAAGGAUGGGCCUACUUCGUCAUCCAGUUCCUACCUACCAUCGUAGGAACAGUUACUUCCUCAAGCCUAGAGUCUAUUAUCACGACCCUCUCCAGGAUCACGCCUUUCAUGCGCUGUGCGAAACCCAAAGGUGAUUACGCAAAAGAUACAAUAUUUCGGAGAUUUAUUCCCCUCCAGGACGUCUGGGAUGCUCUGACUACUCGAAACUGGCUACUGGCCGUCUCUCAUUUCUACAGGUUCUUGUCUUACUGCGUUCAAGGGUUAAAGGCCUCUUUGCUCAGUAUGGAUGGUAGCGACACGGCCGAGGUCACCCACUGGGCGCUCUAUGCUGUCUCCGUCGUAUACAUACUUAUAGAGGUAUACAUUUUGGCUGUCAUCAUCUAUCUAUACUGCCGCCAGUCAACUGGGUUGCGCGAGGGAUGGGAUAUUGUAACCAUCGCCGAUCACCUUGCCUUAUUUCGUCAUUCCAACUUUCUCAACAAGUUCGAAGGUAGCUGCAUUGCCGACAGAAAAUCGAUGAUCGAUAUUCUUGGAACCUUGAAGCUGAGAUUGGGAUAUUGGCGUCGUGGUGGAAACGCUUUGUGGUACGGAUUCGGCGAAGUUCCCACAGAUACGCAAAGCUCCAUCGAAGAACGAGGAGACAGUUGUCUUCAAUUAUCAACUGAGAAGCUAGACAAGCUUGGCUACAACUCUGUGCCCAGCAUUACACAGAAACCAGCAAUCAUCUUGCACACAGUCGGUGCUGUUUUAUUCGUGGCUGGCUAUAUAGCUGUGUUUAUCUUCGGCAGCAAGGACUCGGGGUACGAGAUCAACCCUCCUGUCUCAAGCGACAUCGCGCAGCUCAUUUUCGGGUUCGUCCUGACAACCAUUGCGGUUUAUUUCCUGGAGUUUUGGGAGAAUAUGAAACUCUUCGCUGCAACUACCGAACCAUUUGUCCACCUGCACAACGGCGGGAAAGCAGAUGAAACCUUGCUCCUGGACUACACAUGUUGUCACCAAAUAAUAGGCAUUUACGAAGCCAUGACGAGGGGUCACUGGAAGGUUGCGAGGUCAUCCCUGCUGGCGAUUAUACAUCGUGCUCUUCCAAUCAUCGUCGGCGCAAGCACCACGAUUCAGGUUGGUGGCGACGAAAGUUCCGUCUUGUUCUCUUUUCCCCUUAGCAUUACUAUAAUCGCAUGGAUGGCAAUAUUGGUACUAUUGAUACCUUUCGAGGGGUUGGAGUCGGGAUAUUCUAGGCAUCUCCCACGAGACUAUAUCUCCAUCGCCGAUCUCAUCUCCUGGGCAUGCCAGAGCAACAUUCUUCAGGCGGACGACAUCGACGAAAACGAAAAGGGAUUGCUUCGGGGUAAUCCUUUCGAUCUCUCCGUCGAAGGUCCCGGCAGUGAGAAAUGGCAUAUGGAGGCCAAACUACGGCUCACAGAUCUGACGUAUCAUUUCGAUCUACACGAAAUCGAUUCUGGGCCGAAUGGGUUGUCGACAAUUGGCCUCAGAAGUUCGAAGGACGGUCCAGGAAAGCCAAUGUCACUGCGCCGGAGACUUCGAAGAGAGAAGCCGCACCUGUCUUGGGAACAGGAGGAACAAGCUAAUAAAGUGAGUCACACAAUUGCUGGGGCAAAGCGAUUCAAAAUAGUUGAUGGGGUGGAGCACAAUACCACCUCUAACUUUGCGAGCACGGGCUAUACGACCACAACGCAGGCGGAUAAUGGUAACGAUGAAGAGGCGGUGUAA